AUGGCCUGUUUGACUUCAGCGUACAAAAAGGCGAAUCUUAAAAGUCACUAUACCUCAUUCAACAAGACAGCCUACUGUCUUCCUUUUGCCCAGUUUAACAUCUGCCCUUUCCGAAGUAGGUUCACUCUCGUCCGGCCAUCGAACGACGAGAUGGGCGCGGUAACCCUGCAGUCAGCGCUGGGAAACCCCACGAUGCAGCAGCGACGAUGGGCCAGCAAGUUAACACAAGAGCAGAUCACCGAGUACAAGGGAGUGUUUGAGAUGUUUGAUGAAGAGUGAAAUAGAGAUGUGAAGACACAGGAGCUGGAGAGGCUGAUGGGUUUAAUCGGGAUCAAUCCUAAAGAGAGAGAGCUCAGCCAGAUGGCCAAAGAUGAUGAAAUUGCGAAGCCCCAUCAAUGCUCAAACCAGAGAGAAGUCACCUGUGUCCACCAUGAGACGCACUAG